AGCAAAAUGGUAUGUCAGUUGCAGAGUAUGAGGGUAAAUUUCAUGCCUUGGCUAGGCAUGCUUCGAUGAUACUUCCCACAGAGGCUGAGAGAGUGAGGAGGUUUGUUAAGGGGUUGAUUAUUCCGGUCCGUCUAGGAGUUUCUCAGGUUGCUGCUUCUGGUGUUCCAUUGCAGAAAGUGGUAGAUGCUGCUAAGGAGUUGGAGAUGAUUCGACGUGAGGGAUUUGAGCAGCGAGAGGGCAAGAGGACUCGUUAUUCAGGUGAUUAUGGUGGUGCUCCGCCUAGGAGUCGGGGUUACUUGGGCAGAGGUUAUCACCCUCAGUCCAGCAGACCCAUUCAUGCUGCUAUACCAGCGUCUGAGGCUGGUUACGCUGGGCAUAACUCUUCGAGCUCGGUACAUACUUCGCAGGGUUCAUCUUCUAGACCUGUAGUUCGUGGAGGGCAUUCUGGUCAUUCAGGUUCCUCUCAUCAGCCUGCGUCUCGUAGGGGCUGUUUUGAGUGUGGUGAUAUGGGACACUUUGUGAGAGACUACCCUAGGACCAGACGUGGUGGCUUACAUCAGGGUUCUCAGGCUUCGACUUCCAGGGCUGCACAACCUCCAGUUAGGGGUGGUGCACAGAAUGGUAGAGGUGAUUCUCAUUCAGGUAGAGGUGGUUCUCCUUCUGUUCGAGGUGGUGGUCGUGGAGGUUCACAAUCUGAUGGAGGUCGUUCUCACUGUUAUGCUUUUCCAGGUAGGCCAGAGGCUGAAUCCUCAGAUGUUGUUAUCACAGGUAUUAUUCCGAAACACGAAGUUACCCAGUUUAAUGAAUCAGUGAAGAACAAAAGAAUAGAAUAA